AUGAUGCGCGAGGAGUUCAGCGCGCUCUUGGCAGCCCAGUUCCCUCACUCCCUCGAGGAGCGCCUCCCGCGCGGCGAGCCCUUCCCCAGCUACUUCGUCGACUCGGAGGCCGCAGUGAACCUCGAGCUGCCUGAAGCCGAGAGGACUGCUGCGUUCCUCGAGCUGGAGCGGCUCUCUGUUCUGGCCCGAUCCAGCACGAAGCUGCCCACGCAUUCUGGCACUGAUGGGCCCAGCAGCUUCCGCUCACUGGCACGCAAUCUUUUCCAAGCCACACGAGACAUGCUACGCGAGGCCGAGCGUCACGGCGAGGAGCCAGACUCUGCCUUCGAUAUGGAUGACUCCGACGAAGCCUUCACACAGCUGUCUGUUGGGUCCCGGGUCGUGGUCCAGGACCUCGUUGCGACUCCCUCCCUGAACGGUGCACAUGGUGUGGUGGACGAGUUUCAAGCGGAGAAUGAAAGAUAUGUCGUAGAGUUUGCGAACGGAAGCCGGAAGCUCAUCCACAGGAAGAACUUGAAGUCCAGCCAGGAGCUCGAGUCUACUAAGAAGAUGGAUCCGCUGAAGACAGGGGACCUGGCCAAAAUCACUGGCCCCACCAAUGCCGCAGCCCUGAACGGCCGCGUCUGCAGACUGCAGGCACCACGGGGUGCUGAUCGGUACGAGGUGAAGCUUCCGGACGGAGCAGUGAAAGCCGUCAAGGGCUCCAACUUGACCGUGCUCCCGUCUCUCGGCACAAUCGUGACCGCCUCCAACGUCUUCGAGGGAGCGAUGGUGCAGCGUGGACCGAGUUGGAUCUGGCAGGAUCAGGAUGGCGGCAAGCAUUGCUUGGGACGUGUCCUGCAUUUCAACGCGGAGACCAGCUGGGCCACAGUGCGGUGGUGCAGUGGGACGACCAACUGUUACCGGAUCGGGGUGAACAGCAAGAACGACCUGGAGCAUGCAGACUCAUUUGCAAACGAGGCCUCGUAUCUCGAAGCCGUGAAGAAAGGUACGGAUGCCAUCCGCAGGUACCACCUCCAGCGUAGUUUCGCGUAUCCUUGCGGUGUGAAGAGCUCGCAUGUCGAUUUCUUCGAUAUCAGAGACGAGGUUUGCCAGGCCUUCAGUGGCCACAAGCAUGGCCAAAGAGUUCGGGUGGGAGGCGUGGAGGCGGUGAUGAUCGGUGUUGCAGACGCGGGUGACGAUUUGGAUUGCCUUGUGCCCUACUACCACGCUGACGGCAAAGAUGGUGCCAGCUUUUUUGCAAACCCCGAGGCUUGUAAGAGAGCACAAGUUGUCGGACGACAGAAGGUCAUGCAGGCCGAACCGCGCCGUGUCGUUGCAGACAAUCACGAGCUGCUUGAGGUUGCAAAGGAGGUCACCCCCAGCUUCCAGUAUGUCAUGGCGCCAAGGUCGUUGCUGCACGGACGGAUGGAGCGGUAUGACAUCCGAGACGAGAUUUGCCUGAGGGUUGGUGGCUUCAAGCAUGGCCAGGUUGUGAAGGAAGGAUGCCAGCAUUCCGUUGUCAUCGGCGUGGGUCUGGAGGAUGGCGUUCCCAAGCUGUUCUUCCACGUGGAUGGACAGCCUGGUGCUGGGAAAUUCUGUGAUCUUCAGAAGAAAAGCUUCGUGGUAGUGGGGUCCCGCACUGUAGCGGAGGCACCUGACGACUUCCUUGAACAGCCGGGACUUGCUGAGCUUCGGGUGCUUGCCGCCACUUUGCAGUGUACCUUUGGCUAUCCCUGUGGGCCGAUGCUGCCACGUUUCGCAGAAUUUGACAUAAGGGAUCACGUCUGCGAGGCCGUCGGCGGGUUCAGGCAUGGCCAGAAGGUGCGAGACCAUGAAGGCGGCUGCGCUGUAGUGGUAGGCGUCCGGCUUGAAGACGAUGUGCCUUGCUUGUUCUUUCACUUGGAUGGAACUGUGGGAGCCGGGGAAUACAAAGAGUAUCACCUUGUGCGGCACAAGUUCGAAGUGAUCGGCUCAGCCGCCCUGCAGCAAGUUCCUGCUUCAGAUCCACUAUUCCAGCUCGGUAGUAAAUCCACAGAGAGUCUCCUGCAUAGUAAGAUGGCGAAGGAGGCCUUUUCAGCCAUAAACAGCCUCCCCGUGUAUGCGUGUGACUUCCAGUACGACCCGACUUUCUGCUAUCCGCUGAAGUCCUUGGAAGCAGCGUAUUUCGAUGUCAGGGACGAGGUAUGUGAGAUGGUUGGCGGCUUCAAGCACGGUGAUAUCGUCAAUCUCGUUGGUCUGGAUAUCUUUGGUCUGGACGGUCUGAACCACACCGUUGUGGUCAUCGGGGUACACCCUGACAGCCGUGGCAAGCCUAAUCUCUGGUUGCAGAUGGAGGGACAGCCGGGGGCAGGCAUAUUCCAGGAGCCCCAGCAGAGUCUCAUUCGGGUGACAGGUGUUGUUGUCGGCAGGCAAGAAGUCAAAGAGCUUACAGAUCCCGAGCCGCGAGUCGGGCAGACCUUCCGGUAUCCAGAACGACUUUCAGGGUGGACCAAGAAUGCUUUUUUUGACGUUCGCGACGAGGUUUACUUGCAGCUGAAUGACUUUGGGCAUGGAGAGAGGAAAAAGGUCGGAUUCGCAGCGGCCCUUCAAAAUGGACUCAAGCUGGAGCUCAUGGCUACGACGAUGUAUAUGAAGAGCCUCUGGAUCGGGAUAGAGACUGUCGUGCAGGUGGGCGGGUGGUGCGCAGGAAAAUUCAGGCAGAGGCGUCAGGCUUCAUCAAGUUCCUACGAAUGCUGCCGCCCAAGGGGUUCGUCUGCUACUCCUGCUACGGAAACACUGCCCAACGAGAAUGAAACGUGUGGAGAUGCAGUUCUGCUACAUCUGUCGCGAUGCGGCGGGCCAGUUAAGGAGGCCCUCUUGAGUUCCCCUGAGUUGGCCGAGUGUCUCCAACGCGUUGUGGAUGCUGGUUGUGAGGUCACUCCCGAGUGGGCGAACGGAGCCGUGCUGCUCGCUCCCCUGACCGAGGAAGAAGCCACCGACGCCGGACUGAAACUCUAUCCACACCAUGUCGUGGCUUUCGAAAGUGAUACCGACCGUGUGCAAGCAACUCUGCGGGCGUUGCCAUGCAAAGUGCGCCCAAGCAUAAAACGAUGCAGCAAGCUGGAGCAAGCCGCAAAGCAUCAGCCACAACAUGCCGAAGACGCAGCGGCUCAGUCUCACAGCUUGAGGCUUCUACGUUUUCAGGACUUGGCUGAAAGAGUUUGGCGCCACUUGGGGGAGGAGUGGGGCGUGGUUAGGAAGGUGGACCGCACCUUCUGGCACUUCUACUGCACUGACAAAGGCCGCACCCCCUCCGAAACCUCCAGCUCCGCACAAUCUGCGGCACCCACGGCAAAGUCGUGUUGA